AUGGGAGCUAACGCCAGGACACGCUCCGUCCCUCCGAGCGUGCUGUCGCUCAAAUCAUCGGGCGAGGAAAAGGAAAUUUCGGACCUUCGCCUAUCUAGCAGCCAUCAACAUCAAACCAAAACCCCGCUCUUCACCAGAAAAUCUGUUCUUGCAACCCUGCCACUUGCUGCUGCUGCUGCUCUGCAGCCAGCGGAGCGAGCCUCUGCAUCCUCGCUGCUGGACGAGGGAGGACUGGCUUACGGUAGGUGGUGGGUUUUUCCCCUUGCUCCCUACAGCAGGAAGAAGACGGUGAGGACAGAAGUUGUGAAGGAUGAGGUGUGGGCGUUCGAUCAGAUUAUCGGAGCUCUUUAUGUGUGGACGCCGUUGAGGAUGACGGUGGUGAAGCUGCAGAAGGGAGGGCUGCUGGUCUUCAACCCUGUACCUCCGACUGAAGAAUGUCUGAAGCUCGUGAGAGAGCUAGAGGGGGAGCAUGGCAAUGUUCGGUUUGUUGUGCUGGGUUCCACGGCGCUGGAGCACAAGUCGGCUGCUGGUCCUUUCAAGCGACACUUUCCUUCCGCGGAGCUGUGGGUUGUGCCGGAUCAGUACUCCUUCCCGUUCGGGCUUGAGAACCUGUUCUGGGGUCUCAACCCUCAACCGCUCCCGCUGAGCAGCGACGGAGAUGUCCCAUGGAAGGACGACCUAGAGCAUGUCGUCCUUGGCCCCUUCAAGUCUCGUGGAGGAGAAGCUCCGGGCGUGUUUGAGGAUGUGGCCUUCUUCCACAAGAAGUCCAAGACCCUCCUGGUCACCGACGUCGUGCAGACUUUCCCCUCCAAGAUCCCCGAUAUCAUCCUUGACGAUCCCCGCGCGCUCCUCUUCCAUGCUCGCGAUGAUGCCUUUGGGAAGGUGCAGGACACGCCGGAAGUGCGACAGAGAGGAUGGGAGAGGAUAGCGCUCUUCUCCCUCUUCUUCCAACCUGGAGGAGUGGAAGUUGUUCCCUGGGGACAGGCGUUCAAAGACCUUCAGAAGGGACAAAUGAACGAACUCGGUUGGAAUGGACUGUUUCCCUUCACUUGGCGGCCGCAGGACGGCCCCCACCCCCAGGUCUUCCUCCUCCGUCUUCCCGUUCCUGCAGUCUUGCAGAAAUUGAUUCUUGACCGCGAACCUGCUAAGGUCCUAGCCUUCGCCGACAGAGUGGCCCAGUGGAACUUCGAGAGGAUCGUCCCUUGCCACCUCGGGUCCGAGAUCAAGGCGGGCCCUGCCGAGUUUCGCGCUGCCUUUGGCUUCCUCGAGGAUGGAGGAGAUUUCCCGGGGAACCUCGAGGUCUCAACUUCAUGA